AUGGUCGCCCUGAACUUCCAACGAGCCGCGGCUUUUGCGGCGCUGGUCGCGUGCGUCUCGAUGUCCGACGCGCGCGAGUUGGGCCAAGCCACUUCCGUCUCUGCGUCGGGGUCUUCGUCCGCUGCUUUGGACGCUUCCGACCCGUCGGCGACCAAGGCGCCCCUGUCGGAAACGUUUUCGGACGUCUCGGGAAUGGGCUCCGGAGCUCAGGGAACGGUCAAGCCGUACGAGGGUGCCACCAGCGACAGCACCGACGACAGCAACGAGAGCGACCAAACCACGAAGAGCAGCGCCGCCUCCAAGUCCAAGAAGAAGGGGGUUGCUACCUCCUCCCACAGCGGCGACGACACGGAGACUAGCUCCGUCUCCUCGUCGAGUGAUGAGGUCGAAUCCAGCGAGACCUCGUCUUCUAGCAGCGAAACUGAGGCCAGCACUGCUUCGUCGUCGAGAAGCAAGGCGGCCACGUCCUCAAGCGACGAGGCUGCGUCCUCGUCCACGGAGAGCAGCUCGGUUACUUCGUCCAGUGGCGAGUCCACAGAUAGCACGCUCUCUUCGUCCAGUGGUGAGACGGAGAGCAGCUCGGACGCGUCCGAAGCAAGCAGCAAGAAGGAGAAGAAGAACGAGAAGGAGGAGGAGGAGAGCAACAGCAGCAGUGAGAAGUCCUCGGGUGGUGAUGUCACGCAGGGAGCUGCGUCGUCCAGUGGAGAUGAUGUCACGCAGAGCGAGACGCAGUCCAAGACCAACGGUAAAGUCAAGAAGGACGGCGACGACGAUGAUGACGACGACGACUCUAAGAAGUCGAAGGACGCCCGGCAGGCGGCUAAAGCGGCCCGGCACAAGGCGGAGGCUGAGCGCAAGGCCAAGCGUAAAGCUAUGAAGGCCGAGUGGCGGAAGAUUAAGGCCCAGCAGAAGGCCGAGAUGAAGGCUGCCAAGGCCCGGGCCAAGUCGGAGAAGAGCGCGAUUCUGUCGUAUGCAGGCUCGAACAACUCGACCGACACGGCGCAGCAGAGCGAGUAG